AUGUGCAGAGCCGUGUACUUGUUCUGCCCGUACUGCCAAUUUCGGCGCUUCUUCAUGUGGGAGGAGUGCGGCCUGUUCUGGGCGCGCUACAUGUUCAUCGUCAUUGACCAGAACAGCUUUGAGCUGCGGCCGCGGCUGAGCCGCCGCGAGGACGAGCCGCCAGCGUGCGGCCGUCCGUUGCUCGAGCCCCGCGAGCAACUCUGGCGUUUGGGGGGGUGCCCGCGGCUGCCGUACUGCCCGUCGAUGCGGAUCCAUGCCCAGCGACUCGCCGCUCAGCAGAACCAGCAGUCGUCGUCGCAGCAAAAGCCACCGCGAGGCGGCGGCGGCAGCGGCCGGCAUGCGCACAUGCAGAGAAGACACUAUUUCCCCACAACGCCGGUGAUGGUGUGCAAUGAGUCGGAGGAGGAGGCGCGACGAAAGGAGUUUGCGGCGCGGUACUUUCGAAAGAUUCAGGUACAGGUCCGGCCGAGGUCGCCCAGCGUCAAGAUCGUGGACGAUGCGGACGAUGAGAGGAGCGAAGAGGAUACGUCAAGCAUGGAGUCUGCAAAGGAGCAGUCGCGACGGCAGACGUUCUCCGCGCCAGAGGUGUUUGCGCCGUCGGGGCGGUUGAUGCCCGGCCACGGGCUCUCAGAGGGCUCCGAAAGCACGGAAAUCGAGUCUGGUUCCGAGAUGGACAGCGUCGACUGGAACGAGCAAUACAAGCGACUCUUGGUGCACAAGAUUUCUCCCGCACAGUCGGUCUGA